AUGAAGAUCCAGAUACCGAAGGAUGAUAAUUAUAUACUUAUGCUAGAUAAGAUCAGUGAGGAGGAGAAAUUUUUCAUCCACGUUUUAUCAACAUGUGACGAGAAGAACCUAAUUGAUCACCUCUUUCCCUUUGUCGAUUGGGUGUGGCUGAAGUCAGAUUUGAUAGCUUGGGCGCCCGUUCUCAAUCGAUUCGACGACCUCCUGCAGAGGUACAUCGUGCAUAAUAAAUUGAAUCGGGAGGAGACCUGCAUUGCAAGAGGUGAUGAAGGCGUAGAGACCGAGACACAGGCGGGCAGUGCACUCGCGCAAGGGGAAAAAAGCAGCGAGAAGCCUAGUGAAAAUAACAUUGAGAAGACGAGCGAACCUUCCAAAGAAUCGUUCGUCCCAUCCGAUCUUCUAAUCGAGCAAAUCCUCAGGUUCACUUACCACAUCCUGGACAACUGCCUAAGCAAAUCGAAGUACAACUCGCUGGACCAUUUGCUUGUGCUACUGUGGAGCUUCAACCCCAAGAUAUCAAUCCUGUCGGCUGAAAUUUUAAAUAUAUAUUACUUAUUUAUAAAAAAAACGAAGAAAAAUGAAAACAAAAUAAAUCAAAUUGUAAAUAUCCUGUCAGCGCUAAUUAACAUCCCUGUGCCGAAUUUCUUACACCCAUAUAUAAACAACGACAUAGGAAGGAUAAACGACAACAAUUACAUUUCUGGCCUAGUGCUGUACUACAUGCAUGACUCCACAGAUAAACGUUACAUGCAAAAUGUGUACAGCAAAAUUGAUAAUAGGUACCUGUUAGACCUAAUCGAUUAUGAGUUGAACCUGGACAAUGUUACAAUUAACGUGGAAGAUCACGAGAUCCCCUUCACGUCUGUCCUCCCCAAGGAGGUAAAGUAUAAUGAGGCGAAGGAAGCCCUACAACAGGCAUACGACGCCAUUAUGAAUAAGUAUCAAAUAGACGAAAAAAAAACUUUCGACCUCAGACAUAAGUUAAGAAUAUACUUGGGAUUAAUAUGUCCCAAGUACAGAAAAAAAUUAUUCAACUUAAGAUACUUAAUUAUAUCGGGUUCGUUGUCCAUUAACUCUAUUUUGUAUCCUCAAAUUAUUCCAAGCAACACCAUAUUUUUACAAGAAAUUUUGUACAUACUAAAAUAUCACAAGUUUAUUGAUUUUAACACGCUGCAAAUAAUCUUUGACUUGCUGACGACGGCGAUAGAAUCCCAUCUUCAUUACAAAGUUGUGUCGGAUAUACUGGGCCUACGAUUACACAGUGGUUUAUUUAUCAGCGUUUUUAAGUACUACCUGAAUUAUUUUUUAUCCACUUAUACAGUGCAGAAGGAUAUCUGCCCUCUGCACAUUAUGAACGAGAGCCCAGUAGAAAUGUACAGCACCAAUGAUAUCAACACUUUAUACCUAAAAAAAAUUCAAGAGGACAAGGCCAUAAGCACAUCUUCCCCCCCACAGGAGGGCGGAAUUGUGCACACUUCUGGCAGCGGUAACGUUAUGGUGCGGACAAGUAUUUAUAGCUCCCUGAGUGAGUUACUGCCGAAUGAAGGUGGGGAGCAGCAUCCCAGGCCACAGAACAGUCACCACCCCGAAAGUGGUGCUCCCUCACAUGAAGAGGCAGUAACCCAUGUCGCAAAUGAUCAUCAGGAUUCCACCCAAAGGGAGGCAGAAAAUUCUCUGACCGCUGCAGACGGUUCCAACCAGUUAAUCACCACUAACAACAAUUCGAUAUUCAAUGCGGACGCGUUCCGAGGAGAAGACAACCCAGUCAGCAUCGAUUAUGGUGACCCCGCAGGAGUGAUGGGGACCAUAUCCCCAUUCGUGAACAAUCCACCCAUCAGUGGGAAUAUAAAUGGUGUACACAAUGUUAACAUCUUUGAUUACAUGAGCAAUGAAGGAGAUACGAAUAAUGAGGCGGAUUCCACCCACAUGAGGGAUCCCCCCAACGUCAGUAACUUGAAUAUAUUCGACUUCAUGAACAACGCCGAGGAAGUUGACCUCAUGGCUGGUGGUACUGCAGAUAACAGGCUAAGCAACCAACCGAGGGACCCAAACGGAUUCAAGGAAGAAACGCAAUACGAAAAUUAUAUAAGUGAAGACGUAAUUAUAAGCAAUAUAAAAAAUUGCAAGAAAAAUGGAGAAAGUGAAUUUAUAAAAAUUUCAAAAAAAAUGUUUAAAGAUUUUAAAAAGAAGAAAAAGGAAGUAUCCAUGAUGUUACAAUUAUUAACCCUAUACCAUACGUGCAUUAUGGAGCCAUGCCCAAUUCUUACCAUAGCGCAACAGAACACACUAAAAUUUUUUCCCCUGUAUUUGCAAGACAGCUACACGAACAAUCUUCCAAUUGUUCAUUUGUUACUGAGAAUUAUGGAGACCCUAUUGGACUUUACGCCAAACUUUUAUUUCACUGCGAAGAAUGAAGAGGAGCUGUACAAAAUUUUACUCUCUCGUUUUCAAUACGAAAUAUUUAUGAUGUCCGACAGUUUUUAUCACCUGAAUCGGGAGCAUUUUCUGAGGUAUUAUUUCGAGCCCUUCGACUACCGCGGGUACGACCGCACAUUUGUGGAGAGUGAGGAGCAGGCCCACGGUUAUGUAGGGGGAGCGGGACAGGAUGGAGAGGCAACCCAGGUGCAUGGAAGUGUGAACGGUGAUAUAGUGAACGUGGAAAUAGAGACAGCCCGCCCCGCCGCUUGUCCCACCCAGAACAGCCUCUUCCCCCGGGGAGAUGCAAAGCUGGUGAGGCUAUUCCAAACGUACGACAUAAACGAGAGCGCCACGGACGAGACCCUUCUAAACAGAUUCACCUUCUGGUGGAAGCUGCACAUAUAUGAAGAGCGAGUGAAGAUCAUAAAGAUGAUUAUAAAGGCGCUUAACCUGGCGUUGAAGGGCUACUCCCCAACAGACACGCUGCUAGACAUAUUUACAAAUAAUUAUAUCUCCGUCAAAAUUAUUAAGUACAUUUUGAAGUACCCACACAAAUUUGGCCUCUGCGUGUAUGGAUACAUACUAGGGUUUAUAUAUGAACACAUAUAUGAAGACCCCACGAUUUUGUCUACCCUGUUGAAAGAGGGUCUGUUGAACAUUUUAUUAAACAGCAUAGUGGAGGAUAAUUUGAAAGACGAAACAGUGUUGAUCUAUGUCCCAUCCCUCCUCUCCCUAAUGUUUAUUCACAGCAUUGGAAAGUCAGCCAUGAGGAAGUUGAAUUACUCGCCCAUAUAUAACCUCUUCCAUUAUAUGAUCAAAAUAGAUUAUUUUUUUUUCGAUAGAUUUGGCGAUAUAGCUGUUUCUAUUGGAAAUAUCAUCAACGAGCUGGAGAAUUACGGCUUCGUGAUGAGAGACUUCCUUACCUUUCAUGUGAAAUUAUUGAAGAAGUUAUAUUUGGAGGGUCUAAACUUGGGUUAUUGGAAAUGCCUGGAUUAUGAUUACGUACAAAAGUAUGUAGAGGGGUCAGUAAAGCAGUUACACCAUGUGCAGUUAAAGGAUCUCAACAUAGACCGAUAUAAACAUAGAAGGGACAACUUUUUCUUGGACAGAUUAUCGAUCCUGUGUCGAUGUAUCCUGUCCUAUAUGAAGACCUCCUGGAUUAAAUCAUUGUUAAAGUUAAAUGGCCUCAAGUUCUUAAUGGCUUACACAAACCUGAUAAGCCUACCGCCCAACUACAUUCACAUAUUUGAGUAUCACUCCAUUUACACGUUUGUCAUGAAGAUAUAUUUGUAUGCCUCCUUCAAAAAUGUGUACAAUCAGUUCCUUUACCCUCUGUACAACUACAACAACUUCGUUUCGUAUGUGCAGUACGUAAGUUUGUUAUUAUUAGAUUCGUUCUACUUCGACCUGGGUGACAAUAUUGUCGUGGUUAAGCGAUCUGCUCUUCGCGCAGGGCAAGGGAGCGAAGCGAACAAAGCGUUUGGAUCUGUGGGAGCGGCCAGCAAACCUUUGGAGGGAGGAAGCAAGUACCUCAGGAAGGACUUCUUCGCUGGGCCUUUCAUCGACCGUAACCAGCUCCUCCUAUGUAACAUCACGCAGCUCUUCAACAUUCUGUACUUCCUAAUCUCGGCUUACACCGACUCCAAGGGGCUCUACGCCAACGAGGAGAAUUUGUACGAUCCGUCAGAAUUGUCAAACAGAAAAAUCUUGGAAAUAUUUUCAGAUGUCCUCAUAACGAUAGAAAGUGUGUUCGACUUUUACUUUACAUUAUAUUUUUACCAGACGAAUGACUUAAAUCAGAACAUGUUUUUGCAUCUGAAGGAUAAGGUAUGUAUCCAUGAACACAUCAAGAGAACACUUCGAAACAGCCAAAAUAAAUCAGAUUAUCUGUUAUACAAUUUGUUCGGAUCCAGUCGUUCCCUUUUUUGCUAUUCGAUUAAUAACAACCUGUACGUAUUGAACAAAGAUGAGGGAAAAACACAUAUCAUUUGUGACCACGACAAUGCAGAUGAUUACAAAAUGACCGAUCACCUCAGUGGAUUAGAUAAUGAUGACAAGGUGUAUAAGGCCAUUUACAAAUACGCCUUUUCCCAGGUCCUCAGUGAAUUUAACACCUUUGUGAAUAAAAGUAUGAAAAUGCCAUCGGACAUUGUAGCUUUUAAAAAUAAGGAGAAGACGAAAUUUCAAAAAUACUUUUCAAGUUCCGACGAAUCAAUUGUCGGGUUCAAAGUAGCGAAGAAGAAAAAUAUGUUGCACUUGGCGCAAAGUGGAAAUGAUAACGACGCGGGGGUUAUAACCAACCUUAUCUCUAAUAAUAUAGCAACUCAUGGCAGCACGGUGAAGGAGACCCCGCUCUCCAGCAGCAACCUUCUUGAGACCGAUUCCCCAGGUGUUCAAAAGAGCCACUUAAAUGCGCAAAGCAUUGCAAAUAUGUACGCAGAUUACCGCGGCGGCAGUUGUAUGGAAUGUAACUUUGCGGAGAAAAAACAACAGACGAGUGGGGGAGUAAAUAACGACUCGAGCAUUGGCGGUAACGACAGUGGCGCUGCUAAGAGCGAAUACAACGACUACUACAUAGAGGACAAGAACAUACACAUGCACACGCGCCUCGCGUAUGACUCCAAGUACGUCCUGUGCGAAAGCCUCAGAUCGCUGCUGGUGGUAAUUAAAAAGUUUUUUAUCAUGAUUAAUCUAGCCUGCCAUACGAGGCAGUUAAAGUUGAAGCCCAGCCCGAACUAUAUCUUUUACAAUGUGAUCCAGCAGAAGCACAUUCUGUGCAUCAUUCGAUGUUUAACCAAGUGCAUGAUGAAUGUACCGCUGGUGAGCAAGCCCAUUCAGGAGAACCCCUACCUCGCGGGCGGCGCAGCGAAAAGCGUGUACAGAGUGUUGUCUGACCAUAUAACGGCGGAGAAGGUCAGCUAUUUGAGCGAGCCCAGUGGGGCGCAGUCACCAUCAGCAGUGACCGCAGCAACGCCCUCAUGCGUCACGGUGAAUGGCGGUGCGAACAGUUUCUACAGCUACAACAGCGGAGGUGGCAACGUAAAGCCUGACUCAGUCGGGCCAAGUGCCUACAAGAACGGAGCCAGGAAAUGGCCCAAGGUUGGAACGAAUAUGGACCACCUUUCAUAUGGAAGCAUGGCGGAAGAAAACCUCUCCAAGGAGCACUUACCCUCCUGUGGUAGCGCCAAUAAUGCAGCGGAAAGGGACUCACAGAAGAAAAACCUCAACCUGUAUGACUAUGCAUACACCUCCUUCACCAGCCACCAUGUAAAGAAGAUAGAAAAUUUUUAUCCAGAACCAUUCUACAUGGAGGAAAUUUUGUUCAAACGAUACAACUUUAACUUUUCCCUGAUCGACGUGGUGCCGAAUAAGGACCUUCAACAUGAUUGGCACUUUGGGCCAGCGGACAAGGGACCAGCGCAGAAUGGAAAUGUGGCCGCGUUCCGAAGCCACCUGGAAGAGAACGAAUCGUACAACUUGAGGCAUCCCCGGGAAAGCAUUCCCAGUCACGAUUUGAGCAAGUAUAACAAGUCGUACAUUUGCACGAGCGUUCGGAAGCCUGGAGGGUCCUACCGCGUGGUCCACCACAACGAUAAUUUCAAUUGGGAAGCGUGUGCAGCGGAUAACGCAAACGAGUCGAACGCAGCAAGUAAUACAUGUCACGAAGCGAAUUCGCAGAACAACCCAAGUAGCAGUAACGCCGCCUCGAGCGAAAAGGAAGGAGUAAACGACAUGCCCAAGGAAAAGAAACUGUCCCCAGUGAACAUCAGCAUAGAACAGUACAGCCCGAUGAAAACAGUGAAGUACAUCGCAGAGCUCAUCAACAUUUUGCACAAGCUACUGUCGGAUAACAAACUCGAAUUUAUUAGCUACUUUUAUUUCCUGGACUUGCUAUACAAAGUGGGAACGUUCGACUUCAUUUUCAACAUGUUUAAUUAUGUGAUGAGCGUAUACAUAUCCCUGCUUGCAUUAUACUACAAAAAGAAGGAGAUGAAGAAGAACAAACAAGACCUGAAGACGAAUUUUGUUACUUACAUACCAAUUCACAUCAGCAAGAAUUUUACCUGCACAAACACCUACUUUGUUCGCUACCUAAUCAGAAUUAUGGAAUACUAUGCUGGUGCUGAUAUUAGUACCCUGAAGAUUUACCUGCAAAUUGUCAUUAAAGGGAUAAGCGCCUUUCUGGACUUCUUCGUCAGCCUCAUCAACGUUGGCAAAUUUAACUUGAUGCUCUUCUGCUCCAAGAUGCUGCACCCCCUCACGCGCUUGCACAACGACUUUGAGAACCUCUCCCCGGAGAGAAAGGCCACGUACAACAUGGGAGGAGGAACGGCAGCGGAGGGGACAGUGGCGGAGGGAAAGACGCACGAGAGUAACCCGUUGCUCACCACCAAUGGCGCACAAAGUUGCAGUAAUGGCGAAGGUGAAGAGGCCAAUUUAUUGACACCACAAGUGGAAGGAACAAACGAGUUAAACGAGAAAAGUGUACAAGUGGACGCAUUCCCCAAUUCGAGUGAAAUGAAGAAGAUAAAGAAACAGGACACUCCGGAACUUAGCAAAAGUAACAACGAAUCAAAUGAUGCGAAGGAAGAAAAUGCUACCACCACCACGACCCCCGCGCAAAAUGCGAAACACAAAUCACAAAACACAUUCAUGUACAACAACAACUUCAUUUUCUCGCUGGACUACUUCGACAUUGUUAACACGAUCAGAUCGGUCAAGUGCGAAAUAGCAAACAACAUAUUCAUGUGGCUAACCUACAUCAACAGUACAAGUGUUAAAAUUGGCAACCUUGGGAAGAAUAAUAUAUACAUAAACUUCAACAAUAAUAUCAUAUACACCUUGUUGAGAAUCAUUUUAAAAUUUAUUCAUCACUCGAUUGAAGUAGAACCCAAAAUGAUCGAUUUCUGGGCAAAGGAAAAAUGCAAGGAUAGGAAGAACGUUAGUGGAAAGGAAAAGGAUAAGGACAAGGAUAAGGACGCAUUUAACUACCCCCAUGUUAACAUUUUGGAGGAGUGGGGCUUAAUGGGGUUUGAUGAAAAAACGAUUUAUGAUUGUCUCAAUUAUUCUGGAACCACUGAUCUAGAUUGUACUUUGAAUUAUUUGGAUAAGGCAAAGGAAAAGGACUUCUUCUUCAACAUAGCAAAGGAUAAACUUGGAGAGAGAAGGAAUGUCUGUAGAAGACCCCCCUACUACGACUUUGACUAUAACAGCAGUGAUGAAAAUUCGACCUCGGGGAAUAGAAGACUGGUUGAUAUACGAUUGGGGGUCAACGAGAAUGUUAGCGAUGAGGAACUUAAUGAUGCGGUGCAGGUUGCAGCAGAGGGGAAUCCCCCCAUCGAUGGGGAUGGUCAACAGGUGGAUGAAAACAUUUGCCCAGCACCACUCAUCCUAAACGAUUCCCCCAAAGAUGGAAACGACAAGGAGGAUAUCUUUAACAAAGAUGACAAAUACAUGCUGGAGAAGUUUCCCUUCAUGUUCGAAAUAUUGAAAGAAGCCAAAGCAAAGUCAACACAUGCAAGGGUGUACUACUACCAAACGAUUAUGGACCCAAACAGCAAGAGAAAUAUGUUAUUAUACCUACAGUACUACUUAAAGUUAUUGAAGAAAAAUCUUUUCCUUACAUAUGAGGAGAAAAAUAACAUCAAUCAAUUUUGGGACGAAGAUAAUUAUUUACUCCUUAGGCAACUCAUUUAUAAAUAUAUUUUCAAUAUGCUCAUAAAUAUAAUGAUAACCAUCCCUUUUAAUGAAGGAGGUUACACCAACCUUUUCCUCAGCUUCCUCCUCAUUGACAUUGAUAAGAAGAGUGUGAAACUGCUCCUGGACCAUUAUAGAAAAACCAUACACGAUAAAAACACCAACAAAAGUCGUAUAUUCAAUCAUCAAGAUGUGAAAAUUAUCAUUCUGUAUUAUUUUAUUGAAAAUAUUUCGAAGAAAAUUAAAACCCUGAAGAAUGAUGAAGCCUUCCCAAUAGAACCCUUCUAUCAUUGCCACCACAUGUUCAUGUACUUUAAUAAGAAGAAAAAUAAAAACGUCAAGAGUGCUGAUGAUGGUGGGAUGAAAGCGGACAAGAAGGACAACAACAAGAAUGGAAAUAAAAAUAAAUUCGUGCAAAACAGAAAUGCGUUAACAAGUGACAACGGUGGGGUGAUCCCCAUUUUGCCUCAAAGCGGGGAAGCGAAUGCAGGAAACGCCACCGGGGUUGAACACAAUAUUGGCAGUGCGAUCAGUGCAGGUGUGACUGGAAUGGGGGGUGUCGCCACGACGGGAAGCGGCCGAGGUCAUGACGCCCGCCAACCGGGAGAUGAAGCUGGCCAGGAACCAAGCAAUACUACCGGAAUGACAUCAAAUGUCCAGCAUAAUAUCCCCACGAAUGGUGGUGCCUCUGGUGGGGGAAGCGCCCUGAACAACAUGCGCAACAUGAUGAUGAGUACUACUCUACCCAACGGUAGAACCAACGCGAUGAACAGUGCGAACAACCACAGUAGAGUAGGAAACCCAAUGAGUGAAUUCCUUGCAGAGUACCAACUGAACAAUAACUACGACAUUAGCAACCACAGUGAUGACAACACGACUACCGUAUUGUACCCAGGAAGCGAUGCCGUGGAUGACAAAAAUUCAGUCAUGAAUAACAACGCAAAGAGUAAGGAGCCUAAUAACCCAGAUGGUGAAGUAGUGGACGAUUCAAAUGAUCCCCAACGUUGUAUGUACAGAACCAAGUAUAUUAAAGGAGACCUAGAUGUUAUAUAUGAGUCGCAAAAGGACAUGGAAAUAUACUCUUACCACUUUUGCCUGUACAUGCUGUUUUUCACACUUUACAAUAUUAUUGAUAAAUACACAAUAGCAAGAAAUUUGAUUUUGCACAUAGACAGGAACAUCCUGGACUAUUGCAUUUUCUUUUUACACAAAGUUAACGCGGCCUAUGUGAAGAGUGUGGAGGCUAAUGUUAAUUACUUCUUAACAGAAAGCAGAUACGAAUCAUGUUUAGCCAAUUCUAGCUCAAACGAUGAACAAAUGUUUUCGAAUGCCCAUGGGGGGGGAAGCUUCUUGCCCAAUGGGGAUUAUGAAGCACACACAAAUGAUAACGAUGCGGGGAAGAAAAAUCAAGAAAAGAAUAAAAGGAAGAGAAAAUUUAACAAAAUAAUGGGAGCAAGUAAAACUGCCACCAACUCGAAUGAGCAACUGAAUAACGAGUUAAUGAAUGUCGUCGACCCGUGGCACGAUACGAAUGACUGUGCACAAAAUGGAAGUCACAAAAAAUAUGCUACUCACCUUUCCGAUGACAAGGACAAUGAUUACUUGCAUCCAACGUGUGGCAAUGCUAACAUUAUCAACGUGAGUGGAACAACAACCCACGUGGAGCAAUCUAACAACAGGGCGAUGCUGCUAUCAGGGGAGGACGGAAGUAUGGGGAAUAAUAACUGCCAAACACAGAAGAGGCAGAACAACCCAGGUGAAGCUAACCAGAAGGAACAGAAAAUAAUAAACCACAUGUACAACAAAGGAUUGGUUAUAAAUAAAAAUAUCAAAACGUAUAGCAUGCUUAUUCCGUACUGGAACUUAGCCGACACAGAUAUUUCCGAGGUGAACCAAAAAACGGCCAUCAAUUAUUCACUACAGGAAAAUGAGGAGAAUAAAUAUAUCUCGCUGUACUCCAAACCCCCAUGCUUCUACGCCCCCCUGUUCAUGUGCAUGUACAAAAUUAUCAUUAACUACUCCUUGUACAAUUUUAACGACAAGAGUAAGAAGGUAAUGAAAAAACAAAAGGAGGAAAAAACGAAUGACGAUAAGUGCAGCACCAGUAUGGUUAGAAAUGCACCAAAUAACAAAAUGGACAAGGCCACUUUGCACACAGAGAAGAAAAACCUCAGCAACAAUAUGGCAUCCAACAUGAACACAGCAACGGCGCAAAUGCCUCAAGCCACACAAAUCGCGCAAGCUGCACAAAUGAUUACAGAAAACAUUCGAUUUAUGUCAUCGGAAAAACAACACAACAUCAUAAGGAUAUGCAUCGACACGUUGUAUUUUUUCAAGGGUUACAACGCACAGCUGUGUAUGAGCAUUUUGCAGAUAAUUGAAUACUUGACCACCACGUACAGCAACGUCAUUUUCUUCAUUUCGUAUGCGCCGCCAAAUGUGUAUAAGAACUUUAAGAAGGUGUUCGAACUGGAGGAAAGGAAGAUACAAAGGAUGCAAGGAGGGGGAAAAAAUGUUUUGGUUGAUAAGGGAAACGCAAACGGAAUGUCGAACGAAACAGGGGAUAAUCCUAACGCGGAAUUAUUGCCCAGCAGAGAAGAGGAACUAUCUGCAGGGGAUCUGCACAAAAGAGAAACCAUUAUCAGUGGAGGAAGCGGCAUGGAACCCCUUAGAGAUAGAGGUAGUAGCAGAAUGUGUUGCCCCCCCAAUAUUACUAACAAUGAGCAGCACGAUUACGUCAGUUUUGUCGAACAGAAAUGCGACCCCCAUGUUGACUUCAACGAGUUAAUCCUAAAUAACAUCAGCAGAAGCGGACUUGGAAUUCUGCUAACCAUUUCGAAACAAGCAAAAUUUAAGGACAUGCUCAUUAUCCUGAUAAACAUCCUCAUCCAGUGCUUCACCGACAACUACGUUAUCGCUAACAGAAUUGAAUAUAGUCUCAAGUCAUUUUUCCUCUCGCACGGGAUCCCAGUCAAGUGCUUUAUGAGAAAGGACGACCUGAAGGUCAUAGAGGAUGACAAAAUUUCCAACGCCUUAGGUGUAUCAUUAAGUCAAUUGAAUGAAGCAUUAUAUCCAUUCAUUUUUAAGAACCCCCAGAUGUAUGAAGAAAUUCUCAGCUGUUUAUGCUUUUUUCCCAACCUGAAAUAUGUGAAGAAAGAUGAAACGAGCGAUGUGCAGCAUCAAGUUAGCGAUGUGAAUGAUUUGCUUUCGUUCAAUGGUUUUGGUAAGGCGGUUGGCGCACACAGCGCAACAGGAUUGACGAGCGAACAAACAAAGGAGAAAAGGAACGGAGCAAAUAUACACACAGUUGCGUGUAAUGGUGCUGAAAUUGCAAAGGGGACGAAAACGGAGAAGGUGAAAAAGGGAAAGGAUACCGGGAAGGACCACGAACAAGAAGGCAGAAGUUCGUUUCAAAGUACAACCAGCAACAGCGUGCUGAGUGGCGCCCCCGGAAAAAAUCUACAUGAUGGCGCAACCCAGUUGAGCAAGGAGAAAGGCAAGUCGGUGAAGGAAAACAGUGCACAGCAAGCGGUAACUCUUAACGGCGACGGAAACGAAGGAGGCAAGCUCUACCUGAAUGUGCUUCCCAUACCGGAACACAUUAAAUCCAUUUACAUGCUCUCAGAAACGGCCAACUGCACCAAGUACCUAAGAAAAUAUUUCCUGAAGAACAAUUUUUACAACUUUUACAUCUUGGCCGUUCUGCUGGAUUUCCUGAACCUGUUCACAAUCAUCCAAAGCAAAACGAGGUUAGUAAAACUUAACGAAAAGGAAGAAAGGCUACAAUUUAACAAGAGGCUAAUGGAAAUUUAUGGUACCCAUGCCAACUUUGACACCGAACUGGAUUACAAGGUUAUGUACCCCUUUGCUCUGACGGCAGAUAAUAUGCUCUUCAUUCUCAACUUAAUUUUUAAAACAUUCAAACAUUUAAUUGUUUAUUUGGUUAAGAUCCCCAAUUCCUUUAACUCCAAAAUUAUGAAGACUUUUUUUCUGAAUGAUUAUGAUGAACUUGUGCAUGGUGUGCAAUACAAUGACGCAUCAGUUUCUGCUCAUUCGGUCCAGUUUAAUACUACAUCGAGGAAGGGCAGCGACGAUUUGAAUACCCUCAUAAAAGAGACCCCCGAACAGCCUGCGAACCUCCCCUGCGGCGAUAACCACGUAGCAGUGGAGGCAGGAAGUGUAAUGCACAAAAUUGCGAAACCCGAUUUGACCUCAAACACUCACUAUACGUAUCGAGAAAUAUCUGAGUUUUAUUUACAAAAUUAUAGGCACUACUAUGCCCUCUUUGAUUUGUCCAAGUUAACGUUUAGGAGUUGCUUGUUCCCGUUUCUGCUGGAAAGGGGAGCGUGUCAGGCGGGUAGCAGCGGAGGGAAGGAAAAGGGCAAGGACAAAGGAAGGGAAAUGGAGAAGGAACUGCUUGCAGGCCAUAUUCUGCACGCGAACCACUCCAACAACCGAGUGUUUACACCCCUGUUGAUAUUUUUGUUCAAACGGAUAUUACCCCAAUUUAUAUGCCUCAGCCAUCCGAGCAUCCACACGACCUACUCGCCAAAAAAAUUGGAAGAGAAAUCCAAGUGCACGGAUUAUCACUACCAGUCUGUAUUAAACAGUAACGAAUUCAAGAAUGUCAAUUAUGUUAAACACAUUAUCAAUUUUGUUCAACUCAUAUUUGAUAUUCACUCUUCAAGCUAUGAUGUACAUAAGAAAGUGGUGCAAGAAAUUAUGCAUCUCUUGAAGGUGUACAAUAUUUUUCAAAAACGGAAGGAACAACACCCCUCUGGGAAAGCAUCUACCAAUUUCGACAACAACGUUUUCGCCACCCUCAUUGAUGUAUUUUCCUACGCUGUAAGUGCCUUGCUUUACAAGCUGGUCAACGAGGAACAGAAUAUUAAGAUAGAGAACAGCCAUCUGCUGGAUGAGAAACAGCUGCUUGGAAGCGGCAAGUACAUUUCCAAGGUGUUGGAGUUUACACAAAAGGGAGAAGAGGAGCAGGAGGCCAGGAACAAUGGAGGCGGUCACAACCGUAACGACAGCGACGACUGCGAUGACAGUCGCGGCGGGCGCGGAGCUAACGGGGGAAGUGGACAUGGAGGAAAUUACAGAGGUGGUAAUCACAACGGUGGCAAUCACAACGGUGGCAAUCACAACGGUGGCAAUCACAACGGUGGCAAUCACAACGGUGGAAACCCUAACGGUGGAAACCCUAACGGUGGCAAUCACAACGGUGGCAAUCACAACGGUGGAAACCCUAACGGAGGCCACCCCAACGGAGGUGGAGGCGGAGGCGACGAUCGCGACGACGAGGACAAGGCUGAGAAGAAGGACGACAACAAUAAAAUGUUCACGUAUAGCAGGGAGCAACUGGCCCACUUCCGCAUGGCUCUGUGUAACUUGCUCAACAAGCUGGACUACACCAAGGAAGACUUUGCCAACACAGCCACGUCCAUAAUUCGCUGUUUGUCCGUCCUGACGUCCGCACCCAUUUUGGGUUACCCCAUAAAAACAAAGAACAAUAAGUUGUACAUGCUAAAAUUGAACAAACUAAAUGAAAGGAAGAACAAAAAAAUUAAAAAAAUAAAGAGGAAUAAAAGAAGAAAGAAUAUGUCAUGUGUAACGUUUUUAAAUCCAUCUUAUGUGCGCUUCAGAUCAGACUCCAGUAACAACAACUCGAUUGGAUCAGACAUCCCCUACUCAGAUGACUCCGAUGUUUCCUACGAGGAACACUUCAUUUUUGACAAUGACGACGAUGAGGAUGACGAUGAUGAUGAGGACGAUGAAGAUGACCUUCGAUAUGAGUAUGAGGAAGAGAUGGACGAUGAUUAUGUUGACAUGGAGGAGGACGCAGAUGAUGCAGAUGACGCGGACAACGCAAACGACGACGAUGAGGGAGAUGAUGAAGCGGACGACGAUGUGGAUGACGACGUAGAUGAUGAGGCGGAUGAUGAGGGGGAUGAAGACGCAGGAGACGAAGCAAAUGCAGCAGCGCAUGGAGAGGAAAAUAAUGAUGAGGUGGUGGAACCGAACGAUGGAGAUGAUAUUGGCAAAGCGGAUGAGGGUGUUGGCGAGGUGGAAGAUAGACCACGAAGCAGCAGAGGAAGAGGAAGGAGAAGAAGUAGAAGAAGGACAGGAAGAAACGAAGAAUUGCGCAACAACAACAGCAGUAGCAAUAACAACACGUUGAGCAGCGCACACAUGGAUAGCGAUGAGAAUAAUGAAAACUCACUUAAUGAUGGGGCGGACGACACGGAAGGGAAUUACACCAAUGAAGAAGUCGAGGAGGACGAGGAAGAAGAGGAAGAUGUAGACGAGGAACAGGAAGACGUUGAAGAGGAUGAAGAGGAGGAUGAUGAUGAUGACAUGGAGGACGACGAUGAUGACGAUGAGGAUGAUGAGGAUGACGACGAGGACGAUGAUGAGGAAGACGACGAUGAAGAAAUGGAGGAGGAAGAACAAUACGACGAAAUCGAUAUGGAGGAGGAAGAAGAGGAUGAUGGAGAAGGAAACGGAAACGAACAUGAUACUAAUAGAGGCCUACACGUACACGCAUACCUCGUCCAAGAUAGAAACGUCAUUGAUGAGGACAAUAUUUAUGAUAACUCCAGCAAUCUGUUACUCCCCCACGAGGUGGACGAAAAUGAAGAAAACAUGUCACACAUGGGGGAUAACAACAAUAACAUCGUCUCAAAUUUGGAAUUGGGUUCAGACAGUAGUAACGAUAUGGAUGAAGAGCAAGGGGUCCAUAGAAUCAGAGAAAUUGAUGAAACGGAGGACUAUGAUGAGGAUGAUGACGAUGAGGACGACGACGAUGAUGAUGAAGAUGAGGACGACGAUGAUGACGAUGAUGAAGAUGACGAGGACGAUGAUGACGAUGAUGACGAUGAAGAUGACGAGGAGGACGAUGAUGAGGACGAAGAAGAGGAAGAGGAAGAAAUCAACGGAAAUAGCAGCACCUUCCGAAUUAGCCAAACGAAUGAUAACGUAAGAGCAGCGAAUAACAACGCAGACCUAAUCGACACAGAAAUGAAUGUGAACAAUUCUCUUCUCACAUGUAAUCAAAAUCAACACGAAAUAUUGGAUAUCCUGAUGGAAGAGGAUGGUGUAUAUAAUAUUAAUGACGACAUAGAUGAGUACAACGAUGAUUACAUGGACGACGGGGAACAUAAUAACCGACUUGCUAAUAGCAAUAUUAACAUCGUGGCUAGUGCACAAAUGGGCGGUGAUAACAACGUGGGAAUGUCUUCCUCCCUGAAUGCAAAUGGUGGUGGAGAUAAAAAUGGCAACACGGAUGCAGUUCACAGGGGAGGAGAUGACAACAUGGGCCAAGGAGAAGCAAUGCAUGAUAACGUAAUUGGCGCCACCUCAGAUGGGAUGAUAACAAACAGUUUGAACAAUGCCCAUGUGGAGUCCCCAUCGGAAGGAAAAAAGGGUACCUGCGGACUAAACGGAUCUAGCGCUACUAAUAUGACCAACACACAGAACAAAGGCGUUUACAACGAAUUGCAAAAUGAACUACAGAGUAACGGAAUUCACGUGGGUAUAAAUAAUGGACAAGAGCAAAAUGAUAAUGUCAAUGCAUUACUUAACGCACAUUUAGACACGAGCUUCCAAAUUCCAGUUAGUGGUGCUCCGGGGGAAACACAUUUCCCUGCGAACAUGAACGAAGGGAUCCAUAAAAGCGUGAACGUUGUUCAAAAUGGGAACAUGAUUAAGAACGAAAUGAACAACGUUGCUCCGAUUAACGAACAGGAUGAGGUAGGAAGUGGAGAAGGAGGAGCAGAUAAUAAACUCGGUGUUAGCAGCACAACAGCUGGUAUUGUUAAGCAGGAAGAAAACACAAAAGGCUCAUCCACAGGUGCGAAUGCUUCUACAACAGAAAGCGGAAAGAAGAUCGAGUCGUCGGCCGGUGCCUCUGAUAAAAACCAUAGCUUAUCCGCGGAAAGAACCACUAGCAUAACGAGUGUAAGUGAAAAUGAUAUUAACUUGAUAGAUUUGUACUACCAUUUUUACAACAACAAUAACAGAGAUGUGAACACCCUGCUGGGGGAAAAUAACAGCAUUUUAUAUUUGAACGAAACGGACACCAUUCACCCGUCCGCGGUGAAGAGUAGCGAGAGUGGGUUGCCCAGUGGACCUACUGCUGAUCCAAACGACGGCGCUGCUGCGAGCGGCAUGGAUGUACCUACGACUGGAGUUCCCACCAAUGAAACCAGCCCAACGGCAUUGGCCCCCGUGGAUACCACCCCGAUGGAGUUAAGCGAUCGGGAGCAAGGAACGCUGCUAAGCACCAGUAUGGAUAAUUACGGAACCGUUAACUACACCCCAACGAGCACUAACAUAUUUGCCCUAAUGGAUAAUCUGUGCUCUAAUUUGUUAACACUAAAUAGAAGAAGAAACGAACGUUUGAACAACAUGUUGACCGCCGCUGUGCACAUCCCCGACGGGGUAAGAAAUAACAACAUUAAUAUGCCCAUAGCAAUCAACGAAGAUUUCAACAUAAGCGGAAACAUCCCAAAUGAGAACAGCCCAUAUGAUAACAGCAACAUGUUACACGAAAGUAGUUGUACAUACUACCACCUAAAUCUCGACAGAGUUAACAACUUCUAUCCCCCCCCCAUGUUUAACAACGGUCCAAGUAUGAGAUCCAAUAACGUCGCGAACAGAAAUAUGAACCAAACGAACCAUAACCUUCGAAAUUUAUUUAACAUUAUUAGAAACUACAACAUUAGCGAUAAUAAUAUUAACUACACAAGGAAUUCGAAUCCCAUUCUGCAUGACUUGGGUAGAAGGGGCGAAUCUUCUGUUGUGGAGGGAGUGAACAGUGCAAAUGUGAUGAACGCAGAGAAUAGGGAAGCACCUGUGGGGGAUGUAAUUAGCGAGCUCUGCAACAACGACGCCCCCAACGUGGGCAGCAACCAGGGUGAUGGAAGCCGCCCCUCCUUACAGGAUGACCCCGACGUGCAGAACGAGGUGAACAACACCAUAGCGAAUAAAAUCAAAAGCGGCAACACUAUUAAGGAAAAGAACGAGGAUGCGAAGGAAGAAAGGUUUAGCCUUGUCGACACCGUCCUCGAUAAUGAUAAGAAAUUAAAAAGUAGCAUCUGCAACAUGAUGUACAACAGAUUGUGCAAGGCCAUUCCGAAGGUUCAUAUAAAUUUACCCAUCGAAAAUUUACUGGAGGAAAAGAAAAAAAUAAUUGAAAGCAUGCGCAAGAAGGUAGAAGAGAAAAAAGAACAUGGAAGCAAAAAGGAAGCACAGAAGGGAAAGGCGAGCAAACAGGAACAGGCGAAAAAAAAUGGCCUCCAAAAAGGAGAAGUGCCUUGGAAGGAGGAGCAAGAGAAGGUUGAGGUGCAGGCGGAAGAAGAAAGGAAGGGCACAGGAGAAAACGUAGAGGAAAACCACGCCCACAGGGAAGAUAAACAACGCGAUAACCACGCUGCUUCCCCAGACGCAAAUUCCACGCUCAGUGAAAAUGCCCAAGUGCACAUUCCACCAACUGGAACAGCCGACCCACAUAUUGAACCCGUUUUGUAUGAUAGCAGUGCCAACCACGAUGUUCCCACGAGUGAUCUAAUGGGUGCAGAUCAGAACAACGGAACUGACCCAAACCAAACGGACGAACAUAAUGACAACACUGACCAAAGUAUCUCCAACGAGGAAGACUACAAAAACAUUAACUACGAACAACUAUUCGACAACGUCCUGAAAAUCGAAUCGGUGCUCAUAAUCUGCUGCGCACUGGGCAUAACCGAAGGCCAAUUCUUCCAACUCCUAAACGUAGAUAGAUCAUUCCUCAUUGAACUUCCAAGCAAUUUAAUCGACGAAAUUAUUUUACAGCAUUUGAAGAAUAUCACCCUAGCGGGUGUAAACGAACUGGCGCAGGAAAAUGCCCAAAACGAUAAAAAAAUUUCAAUAGAGCUGUACAAGAAGUAUCAGAAGUUUCAGGAGUUUAGCAGGACGAGCCCAGGAGACCAGCAACCGAACACCAAUAACGAAAACGCCGUUGCGCAAACAGAUCAACAAAAUGGCAACGACAGUGAUCCCAGUGCAAGCAAUAUUACAACUGCACAUGUGGAAGAAGGAAACGCUGAGAGUAACAACGACAAUGGUGCAUUAACGGAUCCGGUGGGAGGACAAACUGUGCAGGAAGUGUCAAAUAAUGAUGAUGCCACAGGUGAGGGGCAUGGUCUCCCAGUAGUGGGCGCCCCAAGUGGUGCCACUGCUACCAACGGGGAAACCCCCACGAUGAGCGAAGGCGAAAAAAACCUGCUCAUCUACAACAGCAUAAAAAAGAGCUACCUGGAAGCGCUGCCCUCAAGUGUUCGCGCAGAAAUCAAGAAGAAAAUAAUAGGCAACAGGUGCCAGCGAAACGAAACACAAGACGAAACGAACAUUGCGUUUAUAGAUUCCUUGACGCCGGAGCUGAGGAGAGACGUGCUAUCCUCCGCAAGCUUAAGAUUCAUAAGAACGCUCACGGAAGAAAUGAUAGAAGAGGCAAGAAAUUUAAGAUUCGUGGUUCUUAACAGUCGAUCGAAUAUGCUAAAUGGUAAUAAUAGACCCAGGCAAAACGCCGCCCCCAACGCGGUCACAGAUGGGGAUAACGCAGAUACGAGUGCUAACAUUAGAGGAAGCAACGCAGGAAAUGUUAGCAGCGGCGGAGGAAUCGCAAGUGGGCCAAACGAGAGUGGAAUGAAUGCGAACGAAAUUGGUGCAAACGAAGCCAAUGCAGUUGGUGUCAGUGACAACGUAAAUCGCAGUAACAACAACGUUACCGGCAGCGGCGCAUCGAACGCGAAUGGGCAAACGGAUAACACCAAUGUGUCGUCCACCAGAUUAAACGCAAUCAGAAGUGACAUUCAGGAGCGAAUAACGAACACUGUUUUGAGGAACGCCGUGUCUAACCUAAACAACAUGAGCAGCAGUGAACACAGUCACAGCAACAGCAACAGAAGCAGCAACAACAAUAAUAAUGUUCCAGUAAUUAGCAGUGGAAACAGCAGGCAUACACAAAAUAAUAUGACGCUGUUUAAUGUACUUAGUAGAGCCAAUGCCAACAACAGAAGGCGUUUGAAUGCGUCACUAAGAAACUCGCUGAGCUCAGGAACGCAGAGGAACAACUUUAUCAGAAUAACAUACAACGAGAAUAACAAUCCUAUAAUUAUGAUUAAUACUGGGCAUGAAAACUAUGACAGUCUUACCGUUUCUCGUUUCUUGGAUCAUUUUCUUGGUGGUAGAUCUUUCAACGCAGCAAUUUCUAACCUGCCGCUAUCGGACAGUGCAAAUAUUAGCGCCAGUUUUUCCCUUAUUCCGACGAACCCAGUUGGUGAAAAUAACAAUGAGGACGCCAGCAGUGGAAAUAACAAUGGAGGUAGCAGUGGCCAUGGUAGGAACAACGCAGGAAAUAGUGGAGGCGCAGGAGGGAAUGGUCACCUGAGUGCAAGUCACCGCAUCGGAAAUAAUAAUAACAAUACGGGUGGUAGCGGAAACAAUAGUAUGAACGAAACGAGACUGUUCUUUAGCCAGGAUAAUCGAUUGAAUCCAGUGGAUCCUAAUUUCAAUCUCCUCAAUGACGACAAGGUUGCAGACAAGGAAGAUGAUAUAACGUUAAGUAAGUAUUUAAAAAAUUUAUUUCCAACCAAGAACAAAGCAGAUUCAGAUAGCUCCAAAAAUAACGCCCUCUAUGUUUGUUUAGAAGAACCCGUAUCGUCACAGGCCCUCAUUGACAUUUGCAGAUUACUGUUUUUAAAAAAAGAAAUCAACAAAAAAAUCAUGUUUACCCUUUUUUGCAAUUUAACAUGUUCGUAUCAGAAGACUAAAAUUUGUGCUUUGCAAUUAUUUAUGAACAUUUUAUGGUCUGCUUCUGUGGACUUGCAUGGGAAGAAUAAUUCCCCUCGAGUGGUAGCUCUGCGACAGGCUAUAAAUUUCCCCCCCAAAAUGCUUUACCAUAACGUUAACAAGAAGAACUAUGGACUCUUUUCUGAUAACUACUUCACCACUGCGUAUGUAUCAGCGGAGAGGGUACUAGAACAAGUGCAGUCGCUACUUAUUACCAUCCCACACAUCACUUCAUUCUUCUCCAUGCUGCUUGUGCACCCCGCGUUUUUCGUGCCCAAGGAUAUUAUCGAGAAUAAAGUUGUGGGGGUGAGGAAGGGCUCCAGCAGUAAUGUGUUUUUGGAGGAUAAUGCAAAAGGGGAAAUUUCUUCCCAAGUGUCUUCAGAAAUGACGCACACUUUGGCACGCAAAAAGGAAGAAACUGUGCAAGGUAGCACAAACAGAAUUAAUGAGGACGAGGCGGCCAUUUUGCAGUACGAACUGAAGAGGAAGCGACCCAAGAUGGACCAAAAGAAUAGCCCACACUCGCUAACCCUGAACACAAAAAUAGAACACUCCAAACAAAUGGAUAAGGCAAAAAAUGAGUACCCAAUUAAUGUCCUAUUCAAUCUGCUAAAUUCGUUCAUAUAUUUAACUUCCAAAAAACUCAUGAGCCAUCUCUUGUCAGUCAUUUUCAAUCUUCUAAUCAACUGCGGGAAGAAGUGGUACACGUAUAGCAACUUCACCAAGUGGGUAUACACAGAAAAUUUGGAAGAACUUCUAGAUGUGGAAAAUGCUAACAAUGAUGAAAAGGUGGGGGAUAAAAAGAACGACGAGGUAGUGAACAACGACGCAAGCAAUAACGAAGCGACUGCAUUAAACAACGCGAGUGAUAGCCGAAGUGGAAGAAGCAACAACGGCAAUAAGAGGAACACAACGAGUAAAGCCAAAAAGCAGAAGCAACACAGUAGUAGUAACUUGAAGGAGUUCUACCACCCCUCAUCCAAAAUUAACAGAGAGCUACUAUUGAACAUUAGAAAUAUAAAAAAAAAUGAACAAGAUAGUAGCAGGAAGGAUUCAACGAAAAAACCAUUUUACCUACUAGAAGUCAUAUCAGUAGAUGCCCUGAGUAAUUUAAGCAAACUAAUCUGUAACUACAAAACAAAUUUCUUAUGGAUCAACAGUAAUAACAAUAACAACAACGCGAAUACACCUAAUAAUAAUAAUAACCUCGAACAAGUGCACAAGCAAGACAUUUCCUCACUCACUCAAAUUAUCGUAAUACUCUUUUCGCAUUACAAGCUAAAAAAAUGGGCUAUUCAAACAUUGAAAUAUCAUACCCACGUUUUGAUCAAAAGGAUUAUUUAUGACUUGAGAAAAAUUGUUCACUCCAUACACAAUAAAACGUUUGAUGUGUAUGCAGUGGAUCACUCCGAUAGUUUGGAACAGAAACUAAUUGCAUUUUAUCGAGUCAUUACCAUUUUAUGUAAUGCUCCCUCUUUGAUUGACAAUAUGAUUAACAAAAGUGAAGCCAACAAAAAUUUCAGUGCCCAGGACAUUAGCAGUAGCGCUUCACAGAAUGGUCUAAAUUUGAGCGCUGAUGGCACGUCUACGGCUCCAAACGUGGGCAUAUCAUCAAAUGGGGACGCUCCCCCAGUGGUGAAUGAAGUUGGUAUCGGUGACGUUGCCACAGGUGGUGGUGCAAGUAGUGGUGAGGGUGUUGAUAAUAAUAAUGAGGAGGACGACACUCAUAAUGACCAUGUAAUAAAACCUGCAACGGAAAAAAAGAAAAACACAGACGAAGAAACCAAGUUCGAUAUUUGUGCCGAUUUCUUCCUCUCCAUUAACAUCGACGCUCUCUGGGAAGAAUUCAACAAAGCCAUGCAGGUAAUCAAUAAUGCCCUCAUAGAUAAAAAUUACAAAUUUACACACAACAAUAGGAGCAAUAUGCAGUUGCGCUCAGAGGAAGGAAAAACGGAGCACCAUAAUGGAAGCAUGCUUCUACAACCCCCAAAACGUGAACAGACCAACGAUGUAAUAGUAGGAGGAGGGGAUGAAGAAGAUGUUGUAGUACCCAAUGCGUCCACCCCCUCCUGUACAAAUGGAAAGAACAAGCAAGGAAAUGUACCACUCGGAGGAGAGACAAACAAAUCCUUCUUCGAUUUGGAUUCCUCCUCAAGCGAAACGUCAGAACAGGACAAUCCAAAUUCGCUAACUGCAGGCAGCCCGCAACAUGAAGAAGGAGCCCUCAUACAAAGUGCAGCAGAAAAUGUUGCCAACCCUGCAGAGGAAAGGGCCAACCAAAACGGAGAUAAUAACAAUGCGAACAGCAACCUAGUGGAAGAUAAAAAGAAAGAAAAUGAGGAUGAUCCACCCCCAACCAUUUUAAAUUAUCUCCUACCACUGAUGGAAGCAUACCUCUUCAUAGAAGAAGUCAUUCUAGUAUCCCAAUAUAAGUUGAAAAAAUUUAAAGACCUGGAAAAAAAAGUCGCUAAUUUAAACAUCGAAAGUAUAAAAAUUAAUGAAAAGUUGGCUUGUGACGAUAGCCCCUUUUACAUUAGCAUAUAUCAUAAGAAGGAGAAACGGGUGUCGGAGAGUGAUUCCACCGGUGAGGGGGACCUUAAAUUGGCCAAGUUCAAUACUGCCAGUCGGGUCCAUAGCAACAUGUCCAACAAAAUGAAAAGGAUGAAGGAAUUAGGUGCGUCGUCAGACGAAGAGUUGCAGAGGGAAGGACAGUACAAACAACACAAAAGGGGGGAAAUUAAUAUGACACAUUUGCCAGAAGCGGAGGCGGACAACAACACAGCCGAAUUUAAGCACCUGGGUAAUGACGAUGAUACGAACGUGCAACAAGGCAAAGGUGUGAUAAACAAAAGGGAAGAAAUGAUGGGAUACCUUGCAAAUGACGCAGAGGAGGGAAAGAAGAAAGCCAACUCUCGUGAAUUGCUAACAGGCGAAAAGAGUACAUUUAGCAAUUCCCAAAAUUGUGACCACGCCGUGGAAGCUAGCGGAAGUGGAACAUAUGAGUUUGCAAAGCGCAGAUCAGGCUCAGAGGAAGCAGUGCAACAGCACGGUGGAUACGUCGGGCAGAACACGAACGAAUACGAUGGGGAGGACGCCGAAGAGAUGAUGAUGAUGAUGCGUGCGUUCCGUGAUACUGCCAAUGACGAUGGCGACGACAACGAUGACGACGAGUACAUACAGAUUAAACUGGAGGACAACGAAGGAAGCAUCAGCAGCCGACACAAGAAGCUCAUCAAAUUCGUGUACAUAAACAGGAGGGUAAUUAACAGCCUCAUCAAGCAAACCCCGAUACUACUACACCACAACUUCAAGUCGCUCAUUAAGCUGACUUCGUCCUGCAUCAACUUCGAAAACAAGAGGCAUUAUUUGAGAAAGAAAUUGAAACAUCUGAAGUCAGGGGUGAGAAGCGAACCAAUCCGUUUGAACAUAAGAAGAGAAAAAGUGUUCACCGAUUCAUAUUACCAAUUGAGGAACAAAUCUGGUAACGAUUUAAAAGGAAAAUUAGUAGUUACUUUCAAAAAUGAAGAAGGAGUAGAUGCAGGAGGGUUAACUCGAGAAUGGUACUCUAUAUUAGCCAAAGAAAUAUUCAACCCUAAUUAUGCUUUAUUCUGCCGGGAAGGAAAGAAGAGCGAGUUUAACCAUCCAAAUCCUCUGUCAUAUAUUAACCCAGACCACUUGCACUUUUUCAAAUUUGUGGGCAAAUUUAUUGCAAAGGCUAUUUAUGAUGGGCAAGUGAUAGAUGCUUAUUUUUGCAGAUCCUUUUAUAAACACAUGCUUGGAAGGAAAAUCCUCCCAGCCGAUGCAGAAUCGGUAGACCCAGAGUUUUACAACAGUCUGAUCAAAAUUGCUGAGUACAAAUUGGAAGAUCUAAAUUUGGAGAUCAAUUUUAGCACCGAAAUUGACGAGUUUGGAAAAACCAAAAUUAUCGACCUCAUUCCCAAUGGUAGAAAUAUCCCAGUCACUGAUGAAAAUAAAAACAAGUACAUUGAGCUUCUAUGUGAAAUGAAAGUAACCAACAGUAUAAAGGAACAGUUAGAAGCUUUCAUGGAUGGUUUCAAAGAGCUUAUACAACCCAAACUGAUCUCCAUUUUCGAUGACAAGGAGUUGGAAUUACUCAUUAGUGGCAUUCCGACCAUAGAUCUAAACGACCUAAAAGAGAAUGUUGAAUAUCACAAUUAUUCACCUAACUCGAUUCAAAUUAUUUGGUUAUGGGAUGUCCUCCAAGAAUUCGAUGAAAAUAAAAAGGCCUCUUUCUUACAAUUCGUUACUGGAACGAGUAGAGUACCCUUAGGUGGUUUUAAAAAUCUCAUGGGAAUGAGGGGUGCACAGAAGAUGAUUAUUUACAGGGCCUACGGCGAGGACCGCCUCCCCACUGCACACACAUGCUUCAACCAACUGGACCUACCUGAGUAUUCCUCCAAGGAGUUGUUAAGAAGCAAAUUAAUCAGGGCCAUCAUGGAAGGAAAGGAGGGCUUCGGAUUUAUAUAA